AUACUCAAACCCGACCAAACUCUAGCCUUUGCCAUCCCCAUGUAUAAACCCGGUGCCGGUUCAGAUGUUUUCACAGAAUCACAGAUCAGCUCAUCUCUUUGAGUUUUGUGUUUGCAACUAUUCUGAAUUCAGAAUUAGGUUUUGGAGUGCGGAAGUUACAUCAUGCAGAGUUUGGCGGCGGAGAGGAAAAGGGUGGUGGUUGUCGGCGGAGGGAUUGGUGGCUCUCUUCUUGCACUUACCCUUCAGAUCCAUUGCGACUUUAUCCUCAUUGAUUCGAAAGAGUAUUUUGUGGUUUCGUGGGCAAGCUUAAGGUGCAUGGUUGAACCGUCUUUCGCAAAAGAAUAGUGAUUAACCACAAUGAAUACCUUCACAAAGCAAGUAUCAUUUUGCCUCCGGCUAUUGACAUCACACAGAGUGAAGUUUUGGCAGAACAAGGCGAGCAGAUUGCGUAUGAUUACCUUGUUGCCACUGGUCAUGUGGAGAAUGGAAAUUCCACAAAACAGGAAUAGCUCAAUUACUACCAAAACGGGAAUGAAAAAAUCAGAUCUGCUAAUUCCGUAUUGAUAAUUGGAGGGGGGACCAACGGGUGUAGAGCUGGCUGCUGAAAUAGCCGUCGAUUUUCCGGAAAAGAAGGUGACAAUUGUGCACCGCGGAUCAAGAUUGAUGGACUUUGUUGGAGAAAAGGCCAGCAAAAGGGCGCUUGAUUGGCUGAUUUCGAAGAAGGUUGAGGUCAUCUUGCGCCAAUCUGUUGACUUGGAUUCAGCCUCAAAUGGCGUGUAUCAGUUAUCUGGAGGAGAAACUGUACACGCUGAUCUCCACUUUCUCUGUGCUGCUAAGCCCUUUGGGACGUCAUGGCUAAGGGGUACCAUUUUGAAGGAUAGCUUGGAUGAGGAUGGAAAGGUGGCUGUUGAUUCAAACUUGAGGGUCAAGGGUCACAAUAAUAUCUUUGCCAUUGGUGACAUUGUUGAUAUCAAAGAACUCAAUCAAGGAUGUAUAGCUCAAAACCAUGCACAGGUUGCAGACUUGCAGCUAAGAACUUGAAGUUAUUGAUAAGUGGAGCAAAUGAGCAGAAACUCGCAAAGUAUAAGCCCGGUUUAACAAUGGCUAUCUCUGGGGCGAAAGGAUGCUGUGAUGCAAGUUGGGCCUGUAUCACUUUCUGGAUGUCUUCCGGGCAAGAUAAAGUCCGGGGAUUUGUUUGUUGGCAUGGCUUGUAACGCCACGACUCGAUUAUCCGAAUUUAUUCGUGUAUUCGACUCGCAGUGUUAACGGGUCUAACUUUUUGAAAACGAUAAAUGGAGCAUUAAACAAAACUUAUUCAUUUAUUAAUAAUAUCAGAGUAAACAUUAAACAUGUAGAAGCUUAAGACUUGAUAACAUAAAUAAAGUAUUAUCACAACAGUAGUUUCCUUCUAGUUUUCUUUAUUCUUAUAUCCUUUUCUUUGCCGGUAGGUAUUCCCUGGGGAUUUCCUGUUACGACGUUCCUUCCAUAAAAGGAUUUGAGGUCCUUUUUCGCUUCCCAAGGUAGGUAUAGAACUCUAUCUCCGAACUUUCCUCCAAAUCUGAAUCUGGACGGUUCACCGAAGGUUCUUCUGCUGGUACUGGUUCCGGUGAUGGGCCUCUAGUUCCUUGAGUGGUUCUAGAGGUGGUGCCCAUGGAAUCCCAUACCUUCAAGAGUUUGGAAGAUGUGGGAACGAGCCUACGAGUGGGAUCAUCGUGAGCAAUUGGAGGCUCUAGAACGAUGGGCACCACUUCUAAAACCACUUAGAGAACUGGAGGCUCGAGGCUCCAGAACCAGUACCAGCAGAAGAACCUUCGGAGAACCGUCUAGAUUCGGUUUUGGAGGAAAUUUCGGAGAUGGAGUUCUAUACCUACCUCGGGAAGCGGAAAAGGACCUCAGAUCCUUUUAUGGAAGGAACGUCGAAACAGGAAAUCCCCAGGGAAUACCUACCGGCAAAGAAAAGGAUAUAAGAAUAAAGAAAACUAGAAGGAAAUUGUUGUUGUGAUAAUACUUUAUUUAUGUUAUGAAGUCUUAAGCUUCUACAUGUUUAAUGUAUACUCUGAUAUUAUUAAUAAAUGAAUAAGUUUUAUUUAAUGCUCCAUUUAUCGUUUUCAAAAAAGGUAGACCCGUUAACACUGCGAGUCGAUUACACGAAAAAACUUGGCCUAAAAUUGAACCUUUCUUAGCAUUGCAAAAUGGUGUUCUAUGUAUGUGUGCCCCUCUAAUUCUUAUACACUUGAGCUAUGAGCUAUGUCUUCCCUAGAUCAUUUCUUAGGGAGAUGGUUUUUUUUACUUCUGGUUACUGCUGAAUUUUACUGGUUUUGUU